UCUCUCUCUCUCUGUCUCUCUGUCUCGCUCUGUCUCUCACACACUUUCUCUCUCUCUCCCAGCUGGAGCUUCUCAUUCAGACAACAACCCGUGAUAAGGUUGUGCACAUCAACACCAUGGAUGUGGCAGAGCCCAGUGUUCAGAUCUUUGAGCAGCCCAAACAGAGGGGCAUGCGCUUCAGGUACAAGUGUGAGGGCCGCUCUGCAGGCAGCAUCCCUGGAGAGAGGAGCUCUGACAACAACAGGUCAUACCCCACCAUACAGAUUCUGAACUACUGUGGGAAGGGCAAAGUGCGCGUUUCCCUCGUAACCAAGAACGAGCCCUUUAGGCCCCACCCCCAUGACUUGGUGGGCAAGGACUGCAAGGAGGGAUUCUACGAAGCUGAGUUUGGCCCAGAGCGCAAGGUCUUCGCCUUCCAGAAUCUGGGUAUCCAGUGUGUGAGGAGGAGAGAGGUAAAGGAAUCCAUCGUGCAGAGGAUGACCAGAGGGAUCAACCCAUUCAAUGUGCCACGGGAGCAGCUGUUACAGACGGAGGAGUACGACCUGAACGUGGUGCGUCUCUGUCUCCAGGUGUUCCUACAGGACGACAGCGGACACUGCAACCGCGCCCUCAACCCCAUUGUCACAAACCCCAUCUAUGACAACAGGGCUCCGAACACGGCUGAGCUGCGUAUCUGUCGGGUUAACAGGAACAGUGGUUGUGUGAAGGGAGGAGACGAGAUCUUUCUGCUGUGUGAUAAAGUCCAGAAAGAUGACAUUGAGGUGCGUUUCUUCACUCCUGGCUGGGAGGCUAAGGGCUCCUUCUCCCAGGCUGACGUUCACCGCCAGGUGGCCAUUGUAUUUAAGAGCCCGCCCUACUACGACACGUCCAUCACCGGCCCGGUCACUGUGCACAUGCAGUUACGCCGUCCCACCGACCAGGAAGUCAGCGAGCCCAUGGAGUUCAGAUAUCUACCCGACGACAAGGAUCCCUAUGGUUGCCAGGAGAAGAAGAGGAGAAGAGAGCACCUGAUUAAAACCUUACCCGGGUUCCUACCUUUAAGUGGAAUGAAUCAGAUGAACAGACCGAAGGCAGUACCACACAGUCCCAUGGCCCAGUCCAUGAGAAAAGACAUCAACAACAUGUACAUGAAACAGCCCUCUCCCGCUAUGAUGCGCCAAACCCCUCCUACCAUGUACAACCACGCCAACCAACAUUACCAACAACAUAGCCCUCAGCAGCGCACAAUGAUGACAUCCAUCAACCAGAUGUGGCCCCAACCCAACCCGACUUUGUCCCUGGAGACCAUCAGAAUUAACCCCUCGAGCACCGGUAGUAGCCAGGGUAACGCUAUGCAGCAACAGCAGGUGAACCACUGUGUUACCUCUGGGUACCUUCAUGGAGGGGAGAGCAGCGGUAGUGGAGGCGGUGGUGGUGGUGGUAACAUCCUGCCCCAACUCACCAUGGGGGACCUGCAAUGUCUGGGUCUGGAGUCCAAUCUCCAGGGUCCUUCGGCCAGCCAAACCCAGCCCGGUGGGCCUGAUCUCCAGCACCUCCAGCACCCUCACCCCCAGCACCCUCACCCCCAUCACCCUCACCAGCGGCAGCACUUCCAACAGCAUAGACACCAGCAGCCCCACCAGAGGAAAGUGUCAUCCUUCUCCCAGGGCAUGGGGAGCCAGGAAGGGCAGAUCCAGGGGAACCAGACCCAGCACCUCCAGGCACCCUGGAACAGCGGUGGCGACGCGGGGUCUCUGGGGUUGGGCUUCCUCCUGGAUAGCGUGGAGAGUGAUGAGAUCAUCCAGGGCCUGGUGGGAGGAGGGGACCCUCAGGCCACCUUCCAACUGAAGCAGGAGCCCCUAACUGGGGGACAGGAGGGCCAGAUGAUCGCCUCUUGUUCCUUCUCCGCCUCGGACGGCCAGCAGCAGCAGUCGUACGCCAACCUCCUCCCCAGGCCUAUGAGUAACAGCAACGGCGUCGCCAUGGAGACAGCAAGGCAUGAAAGCACCAAUAGCAAUUCCAACAACAUCCAGGCCCUCAAGAACUUACAGAACCCCUUCACCCCAGCCAAUGGAAUGGGGCAAGAAGGUGCCCAUUUUGACUCCUUGGCUGCCUGGGCCUUUUUCACUCCACCGCAGUGACUUGGCACAUUCUCAGCCUGUGGGAAAUGCUUCAGGCAGUCUCAGUGAGCAAAUGCUUAGUCAUUUUGUCUGUGCAAGAAUGCCGUCAGAACUUGUGAACAGAUAUAGAGAUAUUUUCAGGGCAAAGGUAACUCAACUGGCUAUAUGAAUAUGAUAUGAAUGUACUUUUCUUUUUAUCACUCAAUCAGUGUCAGAGUUAGAUGGGUUGAGUUCUCUGCCAACAGAAGUAAGCAAUGCUUUGUGGUUUUAACACGAUGGAUAUGCUUUUGAGGAAAAGGGGGAUAAAGGUUAAGAUAAACAGGUAUGUUUUUGUCAACACUUUACUUGAAGUGGGCUGUUAUAACGGCCUUACUAACGCAUACAGCUGUAGGAAUGUCGUUAAACCUCCCAUGAAAUGACCCCAAAUCAUGUUGUUCAGUUAAAAAGAACACACGGUUAAAAUGGUUCACACCGUUCAAACCAAUGAGGGUUCGGAACUUUAAAGCCGUUUAUCUCAGGAUGAUCUUUUAUCAGAUAGAACCUUGUAGUUCUAAUGUUCCGAUUCAACUGUCUACUGUUCCAUGUUCCAUGACAGUGUUAUGUUGAUCAUAGAGCCUACCGAGUGGCCCGGUGGUCUAAGACACGGUUCUAACUGUGCCACUAGAGAUCCUGGUUUGAGUCCAGGCUCUGUCGCAGCCGGCCGCGACCGGGAGACCCAUGGGGCUGCGCACAAUUGGCCCAGUGUCGUCCGGGUUAGGGGAGAGUUUGGCCGGCCGGGAUGUCCUUGUCCCAUCGCACUCUAGCGACUCCUGUGGCGGGCCGGGCGCAAAUGCACGUUGACACGGUCGUCAGGUGACACUGUGUUUCCUCCGACACAUUGGUGCGGCUGGCUUCUGGGUUAAGCGGACAUUGUGUCAAGAAGGAGUGCGGCUUGGCUGGGUCGUGUUUAGGAGGA